UAGUCAAACAUACGUGGACUAGCCAGUAUUAAAAUAUAUUUUUUUUUAUUUUGUGUUUGUCUAUAAUAGUAAUAAUAGUUAAUACCUAAUAUUCGUUAUUCAGUGCUGUAUAAACAAUAAUAAUAUGAUGUUUUCAGAUUUUACCAUAUUCAUGGUAUUUUUGUGCGUUUCACAUCAUGCUUAUGCGUCGGAAUCGGCAAAAGGGACGAUGAAUUGUGCCGAAUAUAGAUCGUGCACAAAAUGUGCGAACGAAACGCUGUGCAGUUGGUCUUUGGAACAUCAGAAUUGCGUCCAACCGGAAGAACUGUGGGGGAACAUGAUGGUGCAUGUGGAGACGGACUGUCCGCAGUUCACGGUGGCCAAACUUUCGUGGUUGAAAGACGCGUCGUAUACUUACACGUUGACCGUGUCCAACGACAAGAAAGACUUCAUGGCGUAUCUCCGCAGGGUGACGAUCGCGUGCUCGCUACAAACGGGCUACUUAAAGGGCCGGGUCGACCAGAACGAUAUCAAGUGUGACGGCAUUAGACGGACGCAGGCCGAUUUCAUGCUCAACAAACAGAUGAUUUUCUUCUAUUACGUCAAGUUCAACAACAACUCGGUGAUAUUGAGGCUGGACAACGAUUCGGACUAUUACGUACCGCACUAUAACCACGAAUGUGGUGUCACGCGAGAUGACGAUUGCAUGACGUGCGCGUGGACCGCCGACGGGUACAUAAACUACUUCAAACGGUGUUCAAGCGCCAACCGGUGUUCGGGGUUGUACCAGUUCUACGACAGGCGGUACGCGCAGAACUUUACGACCACCUCAACGGCCACGGCGCCGGUGCCACUACAGUGCGCCAACGCAAGCGUCCAGUCGGUGGAACCGGUUUCGGCCCCGUGGACCGGUGGCACGGUGGUACGCAUCACCGUCAAGAACCACCGGAUACUGAACGAGAAGAAGUCGGUGGUGGUGACAGUGGCCGGGCGCGGGUGUAUCGGCCCAAAGUCGGUGGAUAACGAUACGAUCGCGUGCACCAUAUCACCACGAUCGCCGCCAAGAGAAGAUCCGAAAGCAGUCAGUGACGUCGCCAGGCUCGCAGAAGGCUCAAUCGUGGUUGAGUACGGUCCGUGGCAGAAGUUCAGUAUCGUGUCCACGUUCGCGUUCAAGCUCGUAAAUCCUCUGUUGACGGACGUGAGCCCGACCUGUGGCCCACUGUCGGGUGGAACACCUCUGACCAUCGCCGGCGAGUAUCUAGACACCGGUACCGCUGUCCGCGUGGUGGUUGGCAAUGACACGACGUGCACUGCGGUAGUCCGCUCGCCAGACCGUAUUUCGUGUUUGACAGGCGCCGUAGAAACUCCAACCGAUGGCGUCGUCAGAGUGGUGUUCGACGGCGGGCUGUCCGCGCAAGCUGCUAACCGACAGUCGUUCGCCUACACCGGCAACCCAGUACUGGACGCGUCACAACCAUUUGCGGGCAUCGUUUCGGGCGGCACAGCGAUCCCGGUACGUGGACGCCACUUCUCUUGCGCGCGCAACACCACGAUGGUUGUCUACCUGCACAACGGCACCGUCCACCGGACAGGUUGUCAGAUACACAACGACACCUUCAUGGUGUGCCGGUCCCCUACACUCAGCGUGGACGAUCUCCCGACACGACACGACACCAUCGCGGCCGAGAACGACGACGCCGAGGCCACACUGCUUGGCACAUUGAAGUUUGAACUCGACGUAGCGUACGACGGUGGCUCGAUCGCAAAACCUCGGCCUGGUCACGGUGAUCCCAUGCCCAGGUACCACUUGUACGCGGACCCGGUGUUGGACGACUUUGCGAUGGACGGCCUCGCGAUCACCGUCAUCGGCCGGAACCUGGAGUGGGGUUACGCGCAGCACCAAGGCGACGAUAUUGUCGUCCGGUUACUCGUGAACGUGAACGACAACUUGGCCUUUUCCACCAAGUGUGACGUCACUUCCGUUGACUGGCACAGGAUCGUGUGCGUGCCGAAAUCCGCGGUCAAUUUGGACACGGUAAGCGCGGUUGACGCCACCUUCGGUCUGUCCUUCAGGCGUGUCGUCCACAGAAAUCCCGCCCGUCCCGUCGAUGACAGUCAGCAUCCUUGGACCGAUGGCCGUACCACCGUGGUCGUAGCCGUUUUUGCGGCGUUGUUGUUGUGCUGCGCAUGCCUCGUGCAGUUAUACGGAAGAAAAAUCAGAAAUCGGUACAACUGCGGCACGCCGCUCUUCGAAUUGCAAACACCGGAAUAGUAUCGAAACACCAGACUGUAGCCUAGGACAACCACACUGCACUGCAUACAACAUUCUUAUAUUUUCAUACUCAUUUUAAAAUAUCAUAUCACAUGGAUAGCGUGAAACAGUAGUAAAAAAGUGCUUAUGCACACAGAACGAUUCAUCUACAAGAAUGCGUACAAUUCUGAUUUUUGGAAUUUUUAAAUAUACUUUGAAACGAUAUUUUAAAACUGUAGAGAUUUUUUACACCCCUUAUUAUGGAGUGUCCUGUGGUGAUACAAAUUUCUGAUUUUCCAAUGAGAAGCUCACUUUUUUACUAUGUAAAUUGUUUAGUGAAUAGUUUUAUUGAACAUUUUGAUAUACCUAAUUCAGUUAUUAAAAUGUUUAUACUAAUAAGUUAUAAGUAUAGUAGUCCUUAAAAAUGGUUUUGCAAAAAUAUAAAAUAAUCUUGUAUUUAUUAUUAGUCCGUAGACAUUGGAAAAUUUUUACAAAUUAUUAAUGUUGAAUGUUGAUUGAUUAAUAUUCAUUACUAAAAUUUUCAAAUCACCAUAGGUUCCCUUAUCUUCUAAACUCAUUAUCAUGGACCUGUUAUCCUUAGUACACAAAUUUAAUUAACUCAAAAAUACUAAUCCCACGACAAAUCUCAAGAAUUUAAAAAUAAGUUCUUAAACCCUAAAGUAUAUUUAAAAAUUCCAAAAAUCAGGUUUUGAACAACUGCAUUAUUUAAGAAAAAGACGGCGAGCUUGGUAUGCUUGGUGAAUAAUCCUGUAUAUAUAUUAUAUUAUAAUUAUCGGUGUAACGUGUCACAUGGUACAUCCCUGCCUUUCCACUUUGAUAUAUUACAAUGGUCUUGCCGGGUCCGAUGACUGUACAUUUUUUUAUUUUAUAAUUUUAUUACUCGACUACUUUCCCGUAUUUACUGCUUUUUAUAUUUAGCUUAUAUACCCUUUCACGAGGUGUGUCACUACUCACUAAAGGCACAUGUAUCUUUAUACUUAUAAAUAGAUACCACUGUCCACUACUGAAAAUUAAAUUUGAUUGAAUUUCCUUGGAAAUGUGUUAAGUAUAGUUUCAAGAUUUUAUAAAGUAUUUAUGUAUUAUAAUUGUAUAAGCUCAUGACUUAUAGUUAUAACUAUAACAAUGCUGAGCUCAUGCAGGAUUUUUUUUCAAAAGGGGCUUCAAUAUUCAAUGACUAAAAAAAGGUUAGCUAUUAAAAAUGUUUAUUUUCAAUUCACUAUGAAUAAAUAAUAGUGUUCUAAAUUUUUUGGAGGGCUUAAGGAACACCUGCCCUAAUUGUUACCGCACUUUAAUAUAAUGUAUAACGCUACGGUCCUAGGUGCAGUUGCCAAGAGCCAAAUUGUUUACAAGCAAUAAUAAUAUUAUAAUUUAUUUUUAAACUAUUUUAUCAGUUAUUGAACGUGUUUUAUUAUUAUUAAUUGUAUUCAUAAGUUUUUACAUGAGUGUAUACUACUGCAAAUUAUAAUAUUUUAAAAAUAAAAACUUUAUUAAUUUAUUAUGCUUAAGAA